UCCUCGGAGAACAUCCCCCCGGGCUAUGAGGUGGUGUCACUGCUGGAGGCCCUCAACGGGCCGCUGACGCCCUCACCGCCUGCCCUGCCGCUGCGCGUGCUGGGGGAGCCCCCGGGCACGGGGACCCUCGGCCCCCUGCCCCCACUGCGGACCCUCUCGCCCCUCGAGCGUCUCCCCGACUGCGGCGGCCCGGGGCUCAAGCUGAAGAAGAGCCUCUCCAAGUCUGUCUCGCAGAACUCCUCCAUCCUGCCUGAGGAGGAGGAUGAGAAGUCAUGCACUGAGUCAGAGCUGAGGGUCUCCAGGCAGAGAUCCCCUGCCCGGCGCGAGGAGGAGUGCGGCGCAACGCCAGAGAGUGAAAACCUCACGCUGUCGUCGUCAGGAGCCAUCGACCAGUCCUCGUGCACCGGAACCCCCCUCUCCUCCACCAUUUCGUCCCCAGAAGAGCCCGUCAGCAGCAGCCUGGCUCAGUCCGUCAUGUCCAUGGCCUCCUCCCAGAGCCAGCACUCCCAGCUCAGCACCGACACCGUGUCCUCCAUGUCCGGCUCCUACAUCGCUCCUGGCACAGAGGAGGAGGAGGAGGAGGAGGGUGACAUGCUCCCCUCGCCUGCGCCCGCCAGUGCCACAGCCUCUGAUGGAGAGUCGACGCCUGUGGAGUCCCCGGAUAUAAACUUUGUCAGCAUAUCGGCCGAGGAGUGUGAUGCCGAGGGCAACGACAUGCUGGAGGAUGAGGACGCCUCUCCCACGCAGGAAGACGGCCCGAGGACAGGCGCUUUCCUCGGUCUGAGGUGUGACAAUAACAAUGACUUGGGCAUCGCACACGUGAAAGCGCUGGACAAUAAACUGUGCUCUGAGGCCUGCUUACCUGGCCCGGAGGCGGCCAACAACAACGUGCGGCUGCAGCAGCUUGUGGAGCAGGUGGGAUGGGGGUCACCUCGCAAAGAGAGUCCUGAGACGUGGCUGAAGGGGAACGAUGGGAUGAGGGUGCCCACGGGAGCGGGUUAA